CCGCCAGCGUCUCUGUCGUUCCUGAACAUGAUGGCGGCGCACGGGGAGAGGUUUAUUAGUGCACGGGCGGGAAACGGACUGCGCGCGGUCGGUGAGAUCAAAGCAGGAGCGGUGAUACAGCUCAAACACAUCAAAGGAGGCGACACUAAGAGCAGCGCGCCUUUUGCAUUCUGCAUCGCGAGGAAGUUCCUGCAGACCGCGUGCCACAACUGCGUCCGCACGGGGGAGAAACUUCUGCGAUGCUCUCAGUGUAAAACUGCCCGAUACUGCAGCGUCCAGUGCCAGAAAGAAGCGUGGCCGGAGCAUAAGAGCGAAUGUCCGUGUCUGAAGCGCGUCCACCCCCGCAUCCCCACCGACUCCGUCCGGCUCACCGCCAGGAUCAUCUUCAGGCUGCUGAGUGAUCCGGCGGCGGACGCCGAGGAGCUGUACUCCGUAGCUGAGCACCAGCCACAUCUGGAGGAUAAGAGUGAUGAGCAGAGAGAGGGGUUAGCUCACCUGUGCAGUACGCUGAUGCUCUACCUGGGCCAGGAGAACGCUGACCCAUCCCUGCCAAACGGACUGACCCCGAUCGGCCUGCUCGCACGGGUCACCUGUAACUGCUUCAGUAUCAGUAAUGGUGAGCUGCAGGAUGUUGGAGUGGGGCUCUACCCCAGCAUGUCUCUGCUGAACCAUGACUGUCGGCCGAACUGUGUGGUGGUGUUUCUGGGGAGGAGACUGCAGCUCCGAGCCGUACGGAACAUCCGGGCUAAUGAGGAGUUAACUAUCAGUUAUACAGAAGUGCUGGCGCCCCGUGUGGAGAGGAGGGCUCAGUUACAGCAGCAGUAUCACUUCCUGUGUCAGUGUCAGCGCUGCAGCAGAGAGGACACGCUCCUCCCCAACAAGAACCAUGACCAACAGGAGUGGGUAUCUUUGACAUCUACAGCAGACCACCGCUCUCUGGACCACUCAGGGCUCGAGAACAGACCACCGCUCUCUGAACCACUCAGGGCUCGAGAACAGACCACCGCUCUCUGGACCACUCAGGGCUUGAGAACAGACCACCGCUCUCUGGACCACUCAGGGUUCAAUCACAGCUUUUACACUCGGCCAAACAAACUGACCUCUCAGGACGGACAGCAGAGAAAGGCUGAGGACCGUGAGCUGUUGGCUGGUGAUGAUGCUGUGUGGACGAUUCUGAGAGAUAAACUCCCUCAGCUGGAGAAACUACAGGCUGAGAACCACUGGGAAGAACUCCUAAAGGAGAGCGAGGCGCUGAUAUCCACACACGCGAGCGCUGUUCCAGACACUAACGUCUACCUGCUGCGGCUGCUGGACAUGGCCAUGGACGCCUGCAUCAGUCUGGAUCAGUACGAGAAAGCGCUGGAGUUCGGGAAGAGGACGCUGGGACCGUAUCAGCUGCACUAUCCUGAUCCCCAUCCGUCCAGAGCCGUGGAGCUGCUCAGGGUUGGCAAGCUGCAGCAUUACCUGGGAAAACUGGAAGACGCUCAGAGCAACUUCAGACAGGCAUAUGAUGUGAUGAAGGUGACCCAUGGGACUGACCACUCACUGAUUAAUGAAGUGCAGAGAAAGUUGGAGGAGUGCCAGGCUGAGCUGGGGAGGGUCCAGUCCUCUUAGCGCUGCUGACCAGGACAGGACACUCCACAUUCCUCACAGUGCUGUUUCACACUUUCACACUUCACCUGUCCGUCAGCACCUGCUCAUGUUCUCCUGCACUCUCAGUUUCUAGGUGGCUUUGUUUACUUUGUUUGUCCUCUGACAGUAAAAAUAAAUGAGCCUGAAUUCUGAA